GACGCUGUAGCCGAUAGAGUUCUGCGCGCCGGUCUAAUUCCUAGACUGGGAACAUGGCGCUUGCUAGUGUUGUGAGUUCUGAGGGCUCUUUGUGGAACCGGGCCCGGGAUGUCCCCGCCAGCUGCGGCCUGCAGACCGAGGGGCUCAGCUUCCAGGUCGUCCCUGGACUCGGGCAGGGAACAGCUGAACCCGGGAUUGAGUUUCUGCACGGAACAACCACUCUGGCCUUCAAGUUCCGUCAUGGAGUAAUUGUCGCUGUUGACUCCAGAGCUACAGCUGGCGCUUACAUCGCCUCACAGACCGUGAAGAAAAUCAUUGAGAUCAACCCCUACCUGUUGGGCACCAUGGCAGGUGGUGCUGCUGACUGUAGUUUCUGGGAGAGGCUCCUUGCCCGUCAGUGUCGCAUUUAUGAACUUAGGAACAAGGAACGUAUAUCUGUCGCUGCAGCUUCCAAGCUCCUAGCUAAUAUGGUAUACCAAUACAAGGGCAUGGGGCUGUCUAUGGGAACCAUGAUCUGUGGAUGGGACAAGAGAGGACCAGGUCUUUAUUAUGUGGACAGCGAAGGAAACCGCGUGUCAGGUUCAGUCUUCUCAGUGGGGUCAGGCUCUAUGUAUGCUUAUGGAGUGUUGGAUAGAGGAUACAACUAUGAGCUAGAAGCAGAGGAAGCCCAAGAACUGGCACGGCGCGCCAUUUACCAGGCGACAUAUCGUGAUGCUUACUCAGGUGGAGUGGUGAAUCUCUACCACGUGAAAGAAGAUGGAUGGCUGCGGGUAUCACAAGACGAUGUGGCUGAGCUCCAUGAAAAGUACAAGGGGAUGACUGACUCUUAAGAUGUUUAGUUGAGGAAGUGGAGAUGCUAGUAAUACUCUACUACCCUCCCUUUUGUCAGAAGUUCCUUAAAGGGAACCUGUCACCAUGAAAAUGUGAAAUAAUCUGCAGGCUACAUGUUAUACAGCUAGAAGCGCUGAGCAGAGUGAUAUAUAGUUUUAUGGGAAAAGAUUCAGUAUAACUUGUAAUUUAGACAUUUAUAUUCCUGCUCCUUCUGGUCUUUGAAGUCCAGGAGGCGGUCCUAUCAGUGAUUGACAGCUAUCCCUGUAUAUACGGUCAUAAAGGGAUAGCUGUCAAUCACUGAUAGGACCG